UCCUCAAAUUACACUGAUUGAAAGAAUGAGCCUUUUAUCUGUUUAUAAGGAUACAUAAGAUGACAAGACAACAAGGAAUGCAGAGAAAUGUAGACUAGUGCUUAGAAAGCUGUUCCAGUACACUGAUAAUGGGGACAGAUCAGACAACUGUUGACACUGAAGUCCUGAAGAGGAGACUCUCAGAAAAUUUCCUGGCAACUGAUUUAAGAUGGAGCUUUUUUGUCUCAGCAUUAUACAGUUACAGAUUUGACACUGUAUUGAAGCCUUUUCCACCACAGUUUUUAAAGGAGAAUGGAGAGAAAGAUAUGAAAAAACUUGAGAGAGUGGUUGAUAAGGUACCAAAAUUAAGUCAGCUGGAAUCCAGUAAUGGUGAGAUACAAGACUUACUGACAUGGGUGACAGAUACCAAAAACUUCUCUAUAGUGAAAACAGCAUUGUCAAAGUUUGAAGAAAUCCAAGCACUCACCAAAGACAGCGGUGUGUCAGCUGUGAAACCAAACUUUAUCUUUGAGGUGACCUACUCACAAGCUGCUGAUGCUAAAUUUCAGGAUGUCAGGAAAGGGAGAGAACUCUUAUUUGCAUAUCAUGGUAGUCGACUGGAGAACUUCCACUCUAUAUUGCACCAUGGAUUAGCCUCUCAUAUGAAUAAGGUUGGUGUGUUUGGGGAGGGGACCUACCUCUCCAGUGAACUCUCUGUGUCCCUGCAUUACAGCCCCAUGGGGAGAAGCUGGGAGAGAAGCAGCCUAGGUGACAAACUCAGCUGUGUGGCCGUCUGUGAAAUGAUUGAUCAUCCAUCUGUAAAAUGUCAGGUCAAGGACAAUAACAACAGAUCUCAUGCUGGCGAUAGCAUGGCAGGACAAGUUCCAGACAAAUACUAUGUGGUACAAAACAAUGAAGUGAUCCGAGUGAAAUACCUCCUGGUUUACUGCCAAAAGUCUGUCUCUCAAAGGGGAUCAACAUCUGCUAUCAGGUCCUGGUGCUUCAGACACAAGUUUUUGCUAAUGAUGAUUGUGUAUGCACUCAUCUUAAUCAUUGUUGGACUCGCCAAUUCAAAGACUUUCCGCUAUCAACUCAAGAAGUUUGGCAUGUUCAAACAGAGAUGAUAAAGUAUGACUCAAGAAGUUUUUAUAGCUUAAAUAAUUAUUAUAAGUAACAACACCUGUACCCUUUAAAGCAAUUGCUGAGGGUAUAUUGUUGAUAUUACUGGCAUUUAUUUCAAGCAUUUAUAGUAUUGUGGACCCAAAAAAUAUUGGUAAUGUGUAUAUCAAUUCUAAUCAAUCUGUACAUCUUUUCAUUUUGCUAUACUUGUUGUUUGAUGUAUUUAGAAAGAAGUUGCAAUAUAUUGUAAUUGUGUAUUCGCACUGUCAUGUUUUACUCGCCAGUUCAAUGGCUUUCCAGUAUCUACUCAAGAAGUUUGGAUUGUUCAAACAGAUUCCAAAUAUAUUUGUUUGAGACAUUUUCACUUAUAGCAUAUAUUUGUUUGCUUACAUCUUCUAGGGUCAUAUUGACUGUAGUCAGGUUAUUCUUAUAGUUGACAAUUCCUGCAGAAAUCUCACAUGUAGUUCAGAACCUUUUCUACAAGUUAGCCCAAUAUAUUAUGGAUGUCACUCUUUUUUUAUUUGUGUUGAAAAUCUAUCAAAAAGUUGCAUUUUUUUCUUUGUUCAUGAUUAUUUUUUUUAAACAAAAGUUUUCAUGUUUUAAGCUGAUUAUUCAUCAAACUUAUUGUGAAACAUUACAUGCAUUUGCACUUCUUAUGAUAAUCAUAAUUAUUCACAUUCUGGAUAAAUAAACUUUAGAAAUUUUUUUUACACCAAAUCAAGGGAAAUCAGAAUUCUGCAAUGUCAAAUUUUUAUACCCUCUGCAAAGUACCAAGGAUAUUUGGGCAUUACCUUUUUAUUUCAUCUGUCUGUCUGUCCUACUCUUUGUUUGGGCCAUAACUUUGUAAUGGAUUGGAAGAAAACAAUGGAAAAUGAAAACCAGACACAAAGAUUUUUAUGUGUUGCAGUAACUUGCAAACUUUAUAAGGAGGUUCGAUCCUGCUAUCAAAAGUCUUAAAAAAUUUUUGUCAAAUAUAUUUUUAGUAUCUAUACACGUAGCUUAAUUAAAAAUCAAAACAAAUAUGGGGGUGAAUACACUUCGUUUGAUGCUACAGUUAAUUUAUUAUGACCUUUUUUGCACUGUAAUUCCAUCUUACACAUAAAUCACUUUUCUCUCCAAUAUUUUUUUUCCCAAAUAAUCAUUGGACCAAACACAGUCUUAUUCUAUCUUGAAUAGAACACAAUAAGCAGACUGGUCAAAGUUAUAUACUCAGAAAAGAAAUUUUAAGCUAAAAUUGUUUUUUUUCCCCCUGGACUUUCACAGUAUGUUAGCUGUAUUUGUCACAAUAUGAUGAUAGAAUUCAUAAUGGUUAAUAUAUAAUGGGACCAGCAUAAAACGUUUCACUGCAUUAAAUAUCCUGCAUGGAAAAUUAAGAAUCCGAACUUAACACAUCUUCCCUAGCCAAGGGUUUCUGUUCUGCUACUCUUCUCACAAAGGAGAGUUGUGGAUUAGAAACCCUUGGCUAGUGAAGAUGAACUUUACUGUAAAUAUUUUGAAAGAGAAAAAUUGAUUAUUUUCUUCUAAAAUACCUUCCACCAUAAAAUAAUAGUUCCUCCCUUCACUUCUUGUAUAGAAUUUAAUCGUGGGUUUUUAAUUGAAUAUAGUUUAAUUGGCAUUGUAGAAUCCAAAUUCAUUUUAAGAACUUAAAUAUGAGGCAGAAUGGUUCAGACAAAAUCUGCUCAAAAGCUUGGGAUUGAACCUCCUUAAAUCAUUUUUAUGAAUAGUAACAUAGCUUCAGUUGUCUUCAAUUUCUGUUUCUUCAUCUUCUAGUAAUAGAGUUUCCAAAAGUGUGAAUGCUUCAAUCAUUAUGGUCAGAAAAUCCUUUUUCUUUGCCUAAGCGUUUCACCAUUUGUAGUUGAACAAAACAGUCUGUACAAACUACUGUAAACCAACUAUUUUUCGCGUGCGAUAAAUAUCGGAGAGUUUCAUGACCUUCUUUAACUCAGGAAUAUUUAUCACCGCAAACCAUUUAUUUUUCUGUAUAUUUGUAGAAAAUGUUUCCUAGAUUGCAAAAAUGAAUUGUUGCGGAUUGAUUUUAAACUGCCGAACUGCGAAUAAAAGAUGACACGAAUAAUGGUUGGUUUACAGUAUGUAUUUUUUGUCAAAUGUAAAUUUUAGAAAUCCAUUGAUAUUUUAUCUCUCAACUACAUCAUAGUUGUGUAUUUUUAUGCCCCUGGAUCGAAAGAUCCCGGGGGUAUAUUGUUUUUGUCCUGUUUGCCUGUUUGUCUGUUGUCAACUUUAACCUUGCCUAUAACUUUUGAUUGGUUGGAGCUAUGACUUUCAUGUUUCACAUGUGUAAACCUUGUGACAAGACCUUUCUUUGGGUACCAUCAUAUUUGACCUUGAUCUUGGAGUUUGACCCACUUUUGCAAAAUUUUAUGAGACUUUAACCUUGGCCAUAACUUCUGAACAGUUGGUGCUUGGGGUUUCAAACUUCACAUCUGUAUUCUUUGUGACAAGGCCUUCCUUUGGAUACCAACAACUUUGACCUUUUGACCUUGACCUUGGAGUUUGACCUACUUUUGAAAAACUUUAACCUUGGCCUUAACUUUUGAACGGUUAGUGCUAGGGCUUUCAUACUUCACAUAUGUAAUCCUUGUGACAAGACCUUCCUUUGGAUACCAACCACUUUGACCUUUUGACCUUGACCUAGGAGUUUGACCUAAUUUUGAAAAACUUUAACCUUGGCCAUAACUUUUGAACGGUUGAUGCUAGAGCUUUCAUACUUCACAUAUGUAAUCCUUGUGACAUCACCUUCCUUUGAAUACCAACCAAUUUGACCUUUUGACCUUGACAUAGGAGUUUGACCUACUUUUGAAAAACUUUAACCUUGGCCAUAAUUUUUGAAUGGUAGGUGCUAGGGCUUUCAUACUUCACAUAUGUAAUCCUUGUGACAUCACUUUCCUUUGGAUACCAACCACUUUGACCAUUUGACCUUGACAUAGGAGUUUGACCUACUUUCGAAAAACUUUAACCUUGGCCAUAACUUUUGAAUGGUUGGUGCUAGGGCUUUCAUACUUUACAUAUGUAAUCCUUGUGACAAGACCUUCCUUUGGAUACCAACAACUUUGACCUUGACCUUGAUGUUUUACUUACUUUUAAAAAACUUUAACCUUUGCCAUAACUUUUGAACAGUUGCAGCUAGGGCUUUCAAAUUUAACAUUUUUUAUCUUUUGGCCUGGAUUUUGAAUUGCAUUUGAGAAACUUUAACCUUCGCUAUAAGCUGCCAUACGGGGGCAUCAGUGUUUCACAAACACAUCUUGUUUCAUUCUUUUUUAAAGAAAAAUUUUAUAUCACGGGUAAAUUUGAUAAAUAACGCAAGAUUUUUGCUAAUAUUUUAUCAAUGUGUAGGGUGAAAAUACAGGUCCAGUCUACAAAUUUUUCAGAUAUACAUGUUAAACUUCUUGUAAAUAAUAACUCAAAUCAAAUUUAGAAAACCAUUUUUAUUCAAUAAAUAUAAAAAAUCAAAUAUCUCAAUUCAUAUCAUAAUUUUACAAUGACAGUAAAAAAUGCACAGCUGACAAAGUGCACUAUACAGUUGUUUGUGUAUCUGGAAGACCAUCAAUCACGGUGAAUUUUAUCACUGUUGACUUGGGGGAAAAAUGUAUGUACAAUCAUGUAACAAAGGUACAUGUACUUUGUAUUAAAGCUUCCAUUUAUUUACACAUCCUCAUUUAUAUGUUUAUGUCAGCUUUCAUUUGAUUGCAUAAUAAAUACAUGUGCAAUAUCA